CUUCUCCCCCCCACCAUGGCCAAGCACCUCCGGGAGUUCUCACAGCAGGAGGCACUCACCACGCGACUGGCAAACAUUCUGGAAGAGUAUCCGCUCUCGGUCGGUUCUACCGUUGCGGAAUGGGCUCAGAAUGCGGAUGAUGCUGGGGCAAGCGUCUUUGGCCUGGUGGUCGACGGACGAACUGCAAGAAACGACCUUCCAUUGACGCCAUGUGGCGGCGAAGCGCUGCCAGACAUGAUCGAGAUGGCACGCCGACCGGCGCUGUAUGUGUACAACUCGGCCCAGUUUUCAGAUGCGGAUUUAGAGAACAUUAUUUCGCUCGGCAACUCGAUGAAGCGCGAGUCGGGCGCCUCUAUUGGCAAGUACGGUCUGGGUGCCAACGUCAUGUACUCGUUCACUGACACGCCGAUGUUCAUCUCGCGCUCAUCGCUGGUUGUCUUUGAUCCGCAUGGCCAUCGGCUGCCCGGUGGUAUGCUCGGGACUAUCACCGACUACAUGGCGUGCGGCCUGGCCGAGUCGGACCCGGUCCUGGCCUCCGCCUUUGACCUCGAACUGGCUGGCGUGUUCUCAGCCUCGCUCUCGGCCCAUUUUGAUGGCACCCUCUUCCGGCUCCCGCUGCGGACACCCGAGGACGCGGCGGCAUCGGCAAUCUCAUCGCACGCGCUCUCCAUCGACGAUGUUACCAACCUCCUCUCCGACUUUGCGCCGCAGGCCUCGGACAUGCUCCUCUUCCUCAAGUCGGUCUCGACCGUCUUUGCCCACGUUCUUACCGACGACGGCCUCACCACGCUCAUCACCACCGAAAUUGUCGGUCUCGGCCCAGAGCUCGCGGCCAAGCGGGCGUUGCUCCUGGAUGUCGUUGCCGGCGAGCGUCAGGCGCUGCACGCCUCGUUCGAGCUGAGAUUUACCGAGUCGUCGGACAUCCUUGCAUCGCGACCGGCGCCGCGGUGGUGGGUCGCGGUUGGCACGCUCGACACACUCGAUGCUGACGCCGAGGCUUUGGCCAAGGCUGUGGGCUACGUGCCCUGGGCCGGGACAGCGCUACCGCUCCACCAGCUGCCGCCGAACUGGCACGGCCGGGCGUACACCUUUCUUCCCCUGCCGAUCACUACCGGCUUUCCUUUUCACAUCAACGGUGCGUUUGCGCUCUCGGCCAAUCGGCGCCAGCUCUGGCGCGGCGAUGCCGAGCUCUCGGACGCAGCAGCGACAAAGGGCCGGUGGAACAGCUUUCUCCUCAACACCGUCCUCCCUAGCAUUGUCAUCCGCGCGUUUGUCGACUCCCAGGCAACGCAACUGGCGCUCGAUCCGCUCGCUCACCUCCCAGUGCUUGCCAGCACACCACCACCGUUUGACGACUUUGCCCAUGCGCUCUACACGGCUGUGACUAGCCUCGGGCCAGAUGCGCCGGCAUUGUUCCCGGAUCCGCGCUCGCCUGGCAGCUUCGCGCCGCUCCACACGUUUACGCUCAUGGACCCCGAGUUUGCGGCAACUGCAUCAUCGCACAUGUUCACUGCGCUCAUUGCUGCGGAUGUGGCACUACUUGCACUUCCGACGCACGUUCAGGACGCGCUCGACGCACUCGACGUUCCGCUGCCGACAACGUCGCCGGCGAUGCUGGCGUCGGCGCUCCGCCGGGUCGUUGCCGUCGAUCCCGCGCUUCUUACCCGCGACGUUGCCGUCGCCGCCCUGAACUACGUCCUCUCGGGCGCGAGCGAAGAGAGCGCGUUGGCGCGACUUGCGUGUCUUGACGGCCUUGCCAUUGUCCCACUCCGCGGCGGCGGACUGGGAACUCUGCGCGUCACCAAUGCACCGCACGCCCUUGCUGCGGCAGCCUUACCUUUGGACGAGAAGCGGCGCGAGUCCAAGGCCGAGCGGGCAGCGCGGCGGCGGGCGGCGCGCAAGGCCGAGAAAGCUGAGCGCAAGGCCAAGGCCAAGGCUGCCAAGCGGCGGGCGCGCGGGCAGGAGCUAGAGGCCCGGCUCGAGUGCGGACUGGAGCCAGCACCAGAGUUGAAGGGCAGCAUGCCGAGCUUUAUGCCAGACACAAUUGUCCUCCCGCCCCACCCGCAGUUUCUGGGGCUCAUCCCUGACGAUGCGGCGUGUCUAGACAUGGACUGCCGCGCAGCGGCUGUGCUCGCGGCUCCAGCGAUAUUGGCUGUGACCAACAUCGUGCCGCUGGGUCUCGAGUACCUCACCCGCUUUGCGCUGCCGCGCUUUCUUGAUGAUGCGUUCCUGGGUAUGGGCAUGAACGAUGCCCUUGUACUCUCCGGCUUUGACGCGGGUUUGCGCCAGCCGUUUGGCCCGCGGUGGCGCAGCCUGCGUCGUGCUGAACCCCAUGCCGCAGCCACGGGGCGCGAGAUCCUGAAUCUGGCGUGGUCGCUCCUCGCGUCGCUCCAGCUCUCGACGGACGCCAUUCGUCGCGCCUGCGCUGGACUGCCGAUGGUGGUCACAGGCCAAGGCGUGGCAAUGACGCUUGAUGCGGCUGUAGCACACUUUGUGCUUGCACCCGACGAGCUUGACCUAGCUGGGGAAAGCGCAGCCCUUGCGCGCGACUUUGGCGUCCUCUCGCUCGCCGCAGAAUGGGCAGCCGAGGCUGCACUGGCAGCACAGCUUUUGCCGGCACACUGGUACGACGACGGCUUGCUUGCGCUGGCUGUUUGCGUUCCACGCGGAGCAUGCAUCGACGUUGUAAGUGAUGCUGACGCAGCGGCACUCUGCCUGGCUGCGCGCGACACUAUUGCCAACUGGGCCAACGCCGAUGCCUCCGUGCUGCAUCCGCAGUUGCGUCCUGAAGGUCUGGACCGACUGCCGCUCUUCGAGUCACUGGACGGGAGCAGCAUGCUGGCGUCGCCUCGUGCAGACCCAAUGCGGCCGCUGCCUCUGCCGCGCGGCGAGGGCUGGGCCAUUGCGCGCAAAAGUCUUGCCGCGCUGGCCGGGCUGCGCAUCAUCAAGACCGACGGCUCAGCGCGGACCGUGUUGGGCUUGGUCGGAGCGGGCACAGCGGACUUUACGACGUUCAUGCGGCGGGUGCUCUUGCCGCGGCUGCGGAAGCUGCCUCGGGCGGUGAUUGAGGAGCAUAUGAGUGUCGAGCUGGCGGCUGCGAUAUUCGAUGGGCUUGUGCCGGUCAUGGUGUUGCCAUGGCAAGGCGACGACGCGGUAAUGAGCAUGGUCCUUGGGCUCCGCGGCGUCCCGCUCCUGCCAUCCUCCUCGGGCUGGCGGACCGCAUCCGAGGUCCACGACCCAGACUCGGAGCUGCUUGCGCGAAUCGAGAGAGCCGCCGCUGCCAGCACGGACGGCUCCAUCGAGCUUGUCUUUCCGUCACAUGCCUUCUCCACGCCAGGCGUUCUCACUGUCCUGCGAGCUUUGGGCAUGACCGACCUCACGGCGCCCGAGUGCAUGUUUGCCGCGGCCCGGGCGGUAGCUGAGCUCCGCGACGCCGAGCUUGCGCGCGAGUUUGUGGCGAGCGUUGUCCAGCACGCCCGGCAGUGGCCAGUCCACCAGUUGCGUGAGCUCGGCGCGAUUGCUUUUGUACCGGCGUACGACUUGCGUGGCGCCGAGAUGGUGCCGACUCACCUACUCCCGUCGCUGCCGUUCAACGCGGUGACCUCGCUCGAGACACAGGCUUGCUUGGGGUUCCAGGCUCAGAAGUAUCGCGUCGAUGACUUGGUGUCAGCGCAAGUGUCUCGGCGUCAGCCGAGCGGGGCCCACACCGUGCGAUUCGACGACGCCCUUGCGCGGGCGCACGAGCAGCUGCGCAUGGUGACAGGGAGUACCAGCGCAAGCGAGAUACCGAGCGCUGUGGUCACGUUUGUGGCUCCAAACGAAGCAUCGAUCCUUGCGAUGGACGCUUCGGUCGGCUUCCGCAAGGCGCUGGUACUGCCGGCCGAGCUGGAUCGGGCACCGCUGCGCAUGCUGUCGGCGUGGGGAGUGCCGCAUCCACCGCCGGCAUCUGUGGUGGCGAGCAACCUCACGGAUUGCGUGGCGAUGUGGGCGGAGAACGGUGUGAGAAUGCUUGCGAGCCACAACAGACUAGCGGCCCGCAAUGCCGAGGCGUAUGUGCACGGAACGGUGCUUCUCCAUCUGGCGUACUUGGCACGAUACCUGGCGGCGAUGACAGACAUGAACUGGGUUGCGGCUCUGGCGCCGGUGCCGUCGGACAAGUUUGGUGUGAUCAGAAAGGGCAGCUCUGGCAAGCGGUGGCUCAUUUCGCAGCUGCGCGCGCUGCCGGUGGUGUUUGUGUACUCGGAUCUGGAGCACGAUCUCGCAGAUGACGUCCGCGCACUACCGAGCUCGUACCUGCCGGUCCAGGGCCUGCUGGAAGAGCUUGGCGUCCACAACUUGGACCACGAGCCACUGAUCCUACCGCGGGUGACAGCAGAAGCACCAAACACGCUACUGGGUCCGAUAGUGGCGGCGGCGUUCAACGACGCGCGGCUGGCAGAUGUUGUGGUUCGGAGCAGGAGCGGGCGCGAGUGGUUUGCGCACCGGCUGGUGCUCGGCACGAGCUCGGCGUACUUUGCGUCGGCAUUUGAGUCGGGCAUGUGUGCAAACGAGGGUGGCGUGAUUGCCCUCACGACACCUCACUGGGCGUCAGACAGCGCGUACGAUGCCAUGAUGCAGCACAUGUACAUUGGCGACGGUUGGUUGUCGGCGCUGAAGGAGACGCUUGAGGACGUCAUGACUGUGACUGAAGUCCUGCGGCUUUCGGAUGUGUACAUGCUGCCGCGGCUGAAGCAGGUGUGUGAACUGUGGCUUGCGAGCGGCGAAGCGGUGGCGAUUCUCAACCUCUGCACACUGUAUGCACUUGCAGAUGCAACCAAUGCAGUUCAGCUGCAGACAGCCAUCGCAUACCACAUGCGACAGGUCCUCCCCGCGCUGAUCAAGACCGACGAUUGGGGUGAGCUGAGUGAUGAGCAGCAGAGUCGAAUCAUGCACUAG